CAACCGCCCUCCCAUUACUACCUGAGUCCUUGAGCAUUAGUCUCCUUUUCAACUCCACAGCUCAGAUCCGGGGAGUUUCUCAAUCUCUAGCUAUCUUCCAACGCUUUCUAAUCUUCUUCAAACCCUGUCGUCUUUCACUGAUAUACAGGUGACUUUGACGAAAGGCUUUGGAUGGUGACGACGAGGCUUUAAACGGCGACGACGAGCUUCAAACGAUGACGUUGUGGCUUCAAAUGACGAUGACAGCUAGGUUUAUAAAGAUUUUCACACAACUUGAUUUAGAGAAAGUUAUUGAUCAUAAAAUCUCAAGUUCACGCUACAAAAAAUAUCAAUUUGAUCGUUAAAAUAGAUGGUCUUUGUAUUCCAGAGCUCCAACACAAAAGUUUUUUCGAAUUUGAGGAGUGCAAAGUGUUUCUUUUAGAUCUUUAGAAAAGCCACUUCUGCUUCCAGUCACAGAUUUGCCAGGGAGACCCAAUUCCUUCGAUCCAAGCCUCACGAACCAGCAAGUUUGGGUUAGAUUUGGUUAUGCUCUUGAUUCUCACAAAAUUGAGUAAGCUCUGCUCAAAAGCCUCUGUCUUGUAGAACUCACUAAACAAUGGGUGAUUAUCAUUUCAUUCACAAGGAUGUUGAAGGAGCCUCCACUCAGUGGGAUGACAUUCAGAGAAAGCUGGGAAACCUACCUCCGAAGCCUGCUCCAUUCAAGCCACCAGCCUUCACACCUGCCCAAGAUGACGCAUCCGUCCCCAAAGACAAGUCUUGGAUUGACCAGAAGAAUGAAGAGGAGCUUGAAGACCUUGAGGAUGACCUAGAUCUUGAUGAUGACAGCUUCCUCCAAGAGUAUAGGAAAAAGAGGUUGAUGGAGAUUAGAGAAGCAGCAAAAAUCUCUAAAUUUGGAUCAGUAAAUCCAAUAUCGGGAUCAGAUUUUGUGCGAGAGGUUUCACAGGCUCCAUCUGAUGUUUGGGUUGUCGUUAUUCUCUACAAAGAAGGAAUUCAAGAAUGCGAUGUGUUGAUGAAUUGUUUGCAAGAACUUGCUGCGAGAUAUCCAGCCACAAAAUUUGUUAAAAUAAUAUCCACAGAUUGCAUUCCCAACUACCCAGAUUGUAAUCUUCCUACUUUGUUAGUUUACAACAAUGGUGCAGUGAAAGCAAAUUAUGUGGGUCUUCGAAGUUUUGGCAGAAGAUGCACACCAGAAGGUGUUGCAUUAGUUCUUUGUCAAGCAGAUCCAGUGCUUAAUGAUGGUCAGUCUGGAAAUGAUGAUGGAUCGAGACAAUCUGUGCUUGAAAGCGUACGCCGAAAGAUAAUUGAGAAAGUGGUGAGAGAUCAUGAAGAUGAGAAUGACGAAGGGUCUUUGAGUGAUUAGUUUUUGAAUCAUUUGCCGCCUUCUUUCUAACGCCUUGUUUCUUAGUUGGAGGUUGAAAAGUAAUGUUUAGUUAAAGUACACCUACAAAUUGUGUUCAUGCGCAUUCCUGUUUCAAUCAAACGUUUUGUUAUCUAAUGGUUGUGUGAUGUAUUGAAGUUCAGAAGUUUUGGAAGUUCAAUGAUUUUGGUAUUUAGGCAAUAGGCAUACCUACCAAACUUAAGAAUUCAAUGAAAAAUAGUUGUGUAUUGUGUUUUUACCAUUUUUGGAAA